AAAAAUUGGUAAAUUUUCUAAAAAACUGUUAUUAAAGUGUCGUUGAAUGUACGGAAAAUAGGAAGAGUAAUGAAAAACUUGCUUAAAAAUUGCGUGAAUAAAUAAAAAACUUGCAACAUACCAGCAGUGUGUGUUUUAAAGAAAGAAAAGAAAAAAAAUUGUCUAUUAAGAAAAGGACUGAUUCAACGCGGCGUGUUCAUCAGACCCUUCGUCUUUAAAAUACAUUGGACAGAAAUCAAUUAGUUUUUCUUUUUUUCCCUUACCUGGUUAUGAAGCAUCGCUACAAAAAUAGAUUCACGCAAGCGUAAAAGGCAAUUUCAGACCACAAUGAAGGAGAUGGUCGGCGGCUGUUGUGUUUGUUCUGAUGAGCGGGGUUGGCCUGAAAAUCCGCUCGUAUAUUGUGACGGUCAAAAUUGUACUGUCGCCGUACAUCAGGCAUGUUACGGUAUCGUUACAGUACCAACCGGACCAUGGUAUUGUCGCAAAUGUGAAAGUCAAGAAAGAUCGACGCGUGUACGCUGUGAAUUGUGCCCCUCGCGAGAUGGUGCUUUAAAAAAGACCGAUAAUCAAGGUUGGGCUCACGUUGUCUGUGCUCUCUAUAUACCGGAAGUACGCUUCGGUAAUGUUACUACCAUGGAACCGAUAAUAUUGCAAUUGAUACCCCAAGAGCGUUACGGAAAAACCUGUUAUAUCUGCCAGGAUGUGGGUAAAAGUAAUCGUGCUACCGUUGGAGCAUGUAUGCAGUGCAAUAAAUCGAAUUGCAAGCAACAAUUUCAUGUCACUUGUGCUCAAAGUUUGGGUUUAUUAUGUGAAGAAGCUGGCAAUUAUUUGGAUAACGUUAAAUAUUGUGGAUAUUGUCAACAUCAUUACAGUAAACUUAAGAAAGGUGGUAAUGUCAAGACAAUACCCCCGUAUAAGCCGAUAAGUCGCGAUAGUUCUUCGGAUUCUGCCUCCUCGCCUGAGAAGGAAAUCGAUUCGAAUAUAAAUGCCAAUGCGUCGGCUUCGACAACAUCCGCAGCCAUUAGUAUUAAAAUUAAUACAAGUAAUUUGAAUUCUGCUUCGUCGUCAUCAUCGUCCUCCAAACAGCGUAAAUCGUCGAACGCUAGCAAACAAUCGACAGCAUCAUCAUCAUCGUCGUCAUCAUCCGCAGGGAAUACAACCGCAAAUUCAACGGGGAAUUUAAAUAGCUCGUUGCAUGGCGUAACAGGUAGUAAUUUAUCGAGUGGUUCCGGCGGCAACUCAAGCAAUAUAAAUUUAUCUACGAGUUCAAAUGCAUCGUCGGUAAAUACGAAUUCUAAUUUUGGAAUAGCUGGCUCAUUAUCCGGUGGUGGCGGUGGUGGUAGUGGUGGUGCUGGCACCACUUCAACCAAUUUAAAAAACUCUUCAAGUAGCAGUUCAAGCAGUUAUAAGGAUAAGGAGAGUAAGCAUAGUAAAAAUUUAAGUAAAAAUUCCAGUUCGAGUAAAGAUAAAGAGAAGGAUAACUAUUCGUCAACAUUCUCGUCUUCGCGGGAUUCUCGAGAUAAAUCUUCAAAAUCUUCGAAAAGUAAGCAAGACAUAAAUACUAACAACAAUCCCGUUAAUAGCAGUAACAAUAACAAUAAUAAUAAUAAUAAUAAUAAUAAUACCUCUUCGUCGUCAACAAACAUGAAUGCAACAAAUCAAAUAAACACUAGUUCGGCCAGUUCAAGUAGCACGUCAGGAAAUCUCUUUAGUAGCGAUCAUCAUCAUUCAGCAAAUGUACAAAAUUUAUCCUCAAAUUCUGCAAGUGCAAUGGCUUACAAUUCUCAUUCCUCGACUGCUGGUGUCAAUUUAAUUGUUACUUCUUCGUCUAAUUCCUCCUCAACGACAACAACGUCUAAGGAUAUGAUGAAAGGAACAUCUUCGAUUCAAGCGCUAACAACAAACAAUUCAUCAACGGGUUUCGUUAGCGAUUUACAUAGUGAUAACAAUAUUUUCUCUUCGACCACUACUAAGGAAUCUUUAAAUUCGAUGAAUGCUUCUUCAACAACGACAAACUCGGCAAACCUAGGAGGAGGAGGAGGUUCACUUUCUAAUAAAAAUUUCAAUAAUUCGACAAAUGUUUCAUCAAAUACCACACUCAGCAAUAGUUCGAAUUUAAAUAAUAAUAACUCUUCCUCUUCCGCUCUUUCAUCAUCAGUAUCGUCGUCAUCAUCAUCGACAUCGUCAUCUGCUCCAUUUGUGGCCAAAAAACGUAAAAAUGAUUCAAAAGUAGUAAACUCCAUGUCCGAUGAAGUCAAUGGGCCCUUUCGUGAUCUUAUUAAAGAUGUUACCGUCACAUUAACUCCCCUAACGGAUUUUGAAAAAGAAAUUGAAAAAAGCUCUAAAAAGCAAAAAACCGAACUUAGUCCUCCCACACAUCAAACAACAACAACGGCGUCUAUAGCAGAGUCUACCUCACAGUGUAGUAGAGAGGCAGCCAUUAUAUCAACAAGUUCUAAUUCCUCAACAUUAACAACAUCAAGCAACGCUAACAAUGCAUCAUCAGCAAAACAAACGGGCAACGAGGUCAAGGUCAGUACGAGCUCGGCACCAACAACCCACAAAACGAAUGGUAAUAGUUCGUUGUCGACAUCUGUGGCGAAAGAACGAGAAGAACGUUAUGCGGCCGCACAAGCAGCCAUAGCGGCAGCAAAUGGCGGUAAUAUAACAACAACAACGGCUGGCACAACAAUAAAUACUAGUAUAUCUGCAUCAGCAAAUACGUCUAACAAUGCGCCUAGUUUAUAUGUGUCAGUGCCACUUUCAAAUGCGAAUGUACCUGGAAUUAAUAUACCCGCAAAUACAACAUCUACGAUUGCAGAUCAUCCUCCACCUUCACAAUCAACACGCUCAGCUAGUCAACAGCAACAACAACAAUUACCGUUAACAUCAAACACCUCAUUAAACCCAUCAACAGCGGUCACAACGACAACAUCAACGCAAUUAGAACGGCAAAACGCUUACGGUACGACAGCAAGCAGCAGCACAUCAUCAUCAUCAUCAUCAUCUGCUGGCAAUGUUAUGCAAUCGCCUGCUCAUCAUGGUGUCAUUUAUCAAAGUGGUAAAUCGCCUACACCAACAACGGGAUCUCUAGUAACGGCUGGUGUUAAUCUAACAGCCACUACCACCGAAAGUGGUAAUCUAAAGAUAACUUAUGACAAGCAAUCAUCGCGUAUCAAUCAAUUGCAAGAACAAGAAAAUGCACCAGUUAGAAGAAGCAGAUCACGCUCAGGUGAAAGUAGUGUGUUGCAAGCGCAACAGCAGCAGCAGCAGCAACAGCAUCAUCAUCAUCAUCAUCAUCAACAGCACCAACAACAAUUACAAUUUCAAUCCCAGUCACAACAAUCCAUACCACAAACUACAUCGCAAAAGUCCGCUUCGCGGUCGGGGAAGAAACGUGGUGCGUCGACGAAAAAUUCGAACAGCAAUAGUGCGGAGAGCAAUUCUACAGCACCACCAAUGGAAAAGCUAACGAAAACCUCUUCGACAGCAUCAGCAACUAAUUCACCUGCGACAAUAUCGAGCUACCGCAAUGAAUUGGCAACGCCAACCCCGCCACCUAACGUAGCUUCACCGCUAUCUUUACCGCCUCCCAGUACACCAACACCUUCUAUGCGUAGCACUCCAACACCAAAUUCAACUCCCAAUAUUACACCGUCUCCGUCGCCGGUGGUGAUGUUACAAGGCAAUCGUGAGGCUGAGCAAUCCUCUUCCUCACUAACACGUCACCAAGUAACUUCGCCUAGUGGCAACAAUGCCAACGUAUUAGGUUCGAAUUCAACAUUAGGGAGUAAUAGUAAAAACUCCAACAAUCAUAGUCAAGACGAACAAAACUCUUAUAAUAAAAACCAAAGUCAUACUAAUAUCGUAGCAGCAGCAGCUACAACAACAGCAAGUAGUAUCAGCGUAAACACUAACUCCUCUAGCGGUAGCACUACUAAUAGUAAUUACAUUAAUUUAAGCCAUAAUUCUGAAAAUAUUGCAACGCCCUCAUCCCAUAAACCUCUUAAUAAAAAAAUGCUAAGAGCUCAACAAUCAUAUUAUCAACAACAACAACAGCAACAGCAGCAGCAACAACAACAUCAUCAAUUAUCAUCAGCUGCUGCUGCUCAACAUGCAUCGCCUGAGCGCUCUAAAAGUGGCAACAAUAAAAAUUCCUCUAACAAUAGCAACACUGCUUUUCAAAACACUGCUUCUGCUUCUACCACACAUUCUUCUUCUUCUUCUUCUUCUUCUUCUGCUACUUCUGCUUCUACUUCUUCCAUUGCUAACAUUUCUUCUACCGGCACUAUUUUAUCAUCCAGUAUUUCAACUGGUUCUAAUAAACAUCAACAGCAACAUGUUGCUAAACAUAAUGCUAACACUACUACUACUACUACUACCAUAACAACUAACAACAAUAAUAGUAAUAAUAAACAUAAUUUAAAUAAUAAUAUUAAUAAUAAUAGUGAUGAUAAUGAUGUUAUUGAAAUUUUACCAUUAACCACAAACACUACGUCCUCUUCUUCUUGUUCUUUGUCACUUUCCUCAUCUGCCACCAUCAUCACUACAAUCACAACUACCACCACCAACGCUACCAAUUCCAAUUAUAAUAAUAAUACAUCCUUGGCUUGCACGGCCUCAACAUUAUCUACUAAUACAAAUUCAAAUACCAUACAAACAACAACAACAUCAACUAAAAUUAAACUGCCCAACACCGUCACUACAACAACAAUGGCCACAAAUACUGCAAUCACACCGACAACAACAAUAACAACGAAUAACAAUCUAAACAAUAUUAGAACUCCUGAUAGCGGUAUCUAUUCAACAUCGUCAUCGCUAUCAACAUUUAAUGUCAGCAAUGCGAGUACAGUUAGCUCAUGUUCAAAUUCUUCAGCGGCCGGCCUAAAAUUUUCAUAUGAACCUCAAGCUAAUAGCAACAGCAUGCCUGCUAAUUUCGAAAGCAGUGUUAUAAAAGAUUCACCGCCUAGCUCACCCGGAUCGGAGGCAGGUUCAAUGCGUAAACGUGGUCGCAAAGCCAAAGAUAUGACAGCGACAAAUCUUUCGUUGUCCGGUAACGAUUUGAAAGAUGUGAAGGUUUUUCAAAAUGGCAACCAAUUGGGAAAUGGUGCGUCGUCCACACUCGCAGGUACUACCCCGGUCACCUCAAACGCAACCAUGCCCACACUAACAAUUACCUCAGCCGCGCACAUGUUGGGGAAUCAAAUUAAUCCGAAUAGCAGUGUUGCACAAAAGCUUAGCGACCAACUUAGCAUGGAAAUACAAGAUCAUAGUGUUUACACGCCCGAGUCAUUAACGCCACAAUAUGUGGGAGUGCCGUUCCCCGGUAAAUUGCGUAAUACAUCAACGCCAGCGGCACCAGUAUUACCAGGCUCUGUGGCAGCAACCGGUCCUGGACCUAGUCCCUUAGCCACUAUGUUUGGCAGCGGUGUUAACGGAAAUUUAUCUAUCCCACAAAGUCUCGAACAAUUGUUAGAACGUCAGUGGGAACAGGGUUCACAAUUUCUCAUGGAGCAGGCUCAACAUUUCGAUAUUGCUUCAUUACUUUCGUGUUUACAUCAAUUACAAACGGAAAAUGUACGUUUAGAAGAACACGUGGCCAGUUUAAUAGCACGACGCGAUCAUCUGUUAGCAGUAAACGCCCGUUUGGCUAUCCCAUUAAAUGCUAAUACAACGCCGAAUCAAGUUUCUAAUAAUAAUAGUGGCAAUAGUAUUACCACACAAACCUCCUCAGCAUUAACUGCGAACUGCAAUCCGCAAACAACCGUAACAACGUUAACCGUCGGUACAUCUGUAGCGUCGGCGGCCACAGCAGCUUCGCUGGCAACUGCCGCUACAACAUCAAUAUCAUCAAAUAUAAGCGCAAAUGCGAGAAUGCCUACAGGCGUAACGGUUACAGCUAUGGUAGGAGCUAGCGGUGGAAUAGGUGCAGCAAUAGGUGGAAUAGCUGCUGCUAAUGGACGUUUAAAUUCUGCAUCUAAUUUAGAAAAUGGUUUAGAUUUUCGACAGCAAACUGCUGUUGCCUCUACAGCUAUGAGACAAACUGCUGCUAUAACGAACACAACUGUAGUUCAUAAUCUUAACAACAGCCACAAUAAUAACAACAACAGCAACUGUAUUAGUAUUAUGCACAGUCACAACAACAGCAGCAACAACAAUGGUAAUAAUAAUCAGGCUUCGAUAUUAACAACAACGUCAGUAUUGCCACAACAAUUGCAGCAGCAGCAGCAACAGCAGCAGCAGCAUCAAAAUCAUCAUCACGCUCAGCAUGCACAGCAACAUCAUCAAAUGCAUCAUUCACAUCAUGUAGCCACCUCAGCUAUGCAACAUCAUCUUCCAUAUAAUCAUUUAGGCACUUCUGCUUCUUGUUCCUCUUCUUCUUCUUCAUCUUCCACCAAUCAGCAUGAGUCAAAUACGUCACAGGCAUCACUUACAUCUGUACGUUUGGGCAUUAAUGUUGGUUCAUCGAAUAUCAGCAGCAGCAGUACCUCCUGCUCGAAUAGGUGGGUUUACUAUUACUCCCACAUCAAAUUCAAAAUAUUCAACAAUUGAGAGCACUAGUAAUGUUGACGGUGAUGGUGGAGAUGGUAGUAGUGGUGGUGGUGGUGGUGGUGAUGGUGGUAGUGGCAACAGCAGCAGCAGCACCAGC